UUUUCGGCUCAUAGUAAAAUUUGACAGUUCACUUUUUCGCGAGAGAAAAUCGCGUUUUUUUGGGAGCGCUGAGAAAAAGUUGGAAAAGUGCAGUCGUGAUGGAUUUUCAUUAGUUAGUUUCCACCACGACGGCAAGAAGAAGGAUCAAGCAAUAAGAAGUAAUCGUUGAUUGUUUAGAGGAAGUGAAGGAAUUCCUGGUGAAUGAGAGUUUUGCUCUUGGCCAGGAGUUUUGUUUGGUGGAUUUAGUCUUUGGUGCUUCCUGGGUGCUCUAAUCAUCUAAUACUCACAACACAGGAUGACCCUGUGGCGGAUAAAUGUGGCAGAGUGGUCUGCGGAUCAAGUUGUGGACUGGCUUAAAGGUUUGGAUAAUUCAAUGUAUCACUACGUGAAUUCGUUCACAAACAACGAGGUCGGUGGGCAGGAACUCCUCAGCAUCCGACCGUACAUCCUUGAACAGUUGGGAAUGUACUCAAUCAGCCACCAGGAGAUUGUCCUCGAGGCAGUGAAGCUUCUGAGGAAUUUUCACUACAAUCUUGACAAAGAAAAUCUCCAAUAUUUGGCACUUCAAGUGGCAACUCAGGCGUGGAGUCUGCACAAGCAGUUGACCUACUGCAAGGAUAAGAAUGUCAUUGAGACGAAUAUUUUGAAGGAAGUUACGAGUACGGUGGCAACGAUUAAGCCCCUAAUUGGAUGGCUCGAUCGUGCUCCGUUUAAGGGGCAACGGCAAUUCAAUGAGAUUCGUACGCAAAUGCUUCGGUUGGCCCUUGAGAUGGCCACUAGUGCGCAUCGUGAUCGUUUUGCCGAUGAACCGGUUAAUCAAAUUCAAACUAAUGCGGAGAAAUUGGCCAAAUUGGGGGAUUAUAUAAUUCAGGAUAUUUCGGAUCCGAUGCUGCUGCAACCGGCAAGCCUGCUCUUGGUCACGCUGAAAAAGAAAGAGUCCGAUUUGGGCUUCAAUCUCAUGCCUGACGUUCAUGGGGUUCACAAGAUAACAGACAUUCGCUACAACUCUCCGGCUCAUUUGUCGGGAAAGAUCGAGGAAGGGGAUGAAAUUGUUCAGAUAAAUUAUCAAACAGUCGUUGGGUGGCAGCACAAGAAGGUUCUUCUGCAGCUGCACGAAUCAAAGCCCGAUGUUCUGCUGACGCUGAAGAAGCGCCCCAAACAUAUGAAGAUCUAUGGGCAGAUCUACAUGAAGCCUUAUCGUUUGCCGAGUAAAAAGCGAGCUAUGCACUACAGAUGGGGCGAAACACUGCCAAGUCCAAGGGCAGAACUGCUCUCAAUUAAUGAUCUUCUCCUGCCACUUUCGCGUCCACUUGAGAAGCACGCGAGUGACUCGGAGUCCGAUAGCAAUGGCAGUGAUAUCCUUACGCCAACUGAACCAAAGGCACCCAAUACGGAUUUGCCGUUGUUCCUGCAGAAACCACGUCCGGUGUUGCAGCGAAGGAACACCAUUUGUGGAGAUCAGACGUCGAGCUUCAAGAAUUUGGGCAAUGUUGUCUUCUGGCAGGAACGAAAGGAUAAAUCAGUUUCAUUCGGGCAUGGCUUGGAGAUUGCUCCACGUCCCAAUACCUUCAUGGGGCUCAAGGGAUCACUUCCGGAGAUUAUGUCAGACAUGUGUGGGGCUGAGGAGAGGGUGGAGAGGAAGGAGAAUGAGAAGCAGGAGGCAGAUGAUGAUGGUGCUAGACGGAGUGGGGUGAGCAAAGUUGUGCGAUUUGAUGCGGAUUUAGAGGAGUUUGACUCGGAAAAUAAUUGCACCUUCAAUGUAGACAACACUGUGAUUGAAACUUUCGAACCUAUCCCAUAUGCCGAUGAUGAUGUUGCGGCAUCCAUUGAUGGAAGUAAUGUUGAACACAGUCAUGUGGCUGCUACGAAAAUGACACCAGAAUUGGGGGUUGUUCAGGCCAUUAAUACAGCCUUAAUUGCCAGCAAGGAAGCUUCGAUUAGGAAGCAAGCCCGUGCGUGUACUUCCACCGUAAGCACGGCGAGUAGUUCAAGCGAUGAUGACGACGUUCCGCCGGCAAUUGAACCGAGAAAGGAGCAAACAACCCCACCAGCUCCACCACCACGUCCCAAGAAGAACAUCGAAGCUUCGGGGGGGUUUAUAAGGCCAAAAAGUGCGGGAAUAGCAACAACGGGGGAGGAUAACAAGUCCAAAGUGGCAACAGUGGUGGAUUUGAAGUCAAGGGAGGCGUGUCAGAAUGUUGCAGAGGGAGUGAAUCAGCACAACAGAUCGUCCGAGAGUUGGGCCCAACCUGCGCAACCGGCAAAAUUGCCAACGAUGAAGCACUUCCGUGAGGAACCUUUUGAGGCGUUGGAGCUCUUUACGCCACCCAAGACAACAAAGGGGUUAACGUUGAAGAAGAAAAAUUCAAUUUUAGCCAAAAGGCGAAAGGUUACGCUGAAAUGUCUCACUGUGAGUGAUAUUCAGGGGCAUCUGUACAGGCGGACAAAGGAUAAAAGUGGUGCUGCGUACUGGGCUAAAGGGUACUUUGUCCUCGUCGACACAGCCCUGUAUGGGUUUAAGGGGAAGGAUGCUCCAAAGGCAAAUUGUCUCAUCUUCCUCUCCGGCUACACGGUGUCCCUGGCAAAUGAGGUGCAUUCAAAAGCAAAUGCCUUUAAGGUGUAUCACACAUCAAAGACCUUCUAUUUUGCCGCUGAGACCCCAGAGGCGUUGAGUCAGUGGAUGGAAUUCAUCCGGAAUGCCACACUAAAGGGUAAUCCAUCCAUUGGACUUAGCACCGAAGUGGAUCUCAAGGAGAUCUUUACGGAAACGGAGAGUUCGGAUGAUGAUUCGGAUCUCAUGACACGUGGAAAUUUCUCCUAUGGCAGUUCACUGAAUGUGCUCAGUACGAGCCUUUCGAAGGUUAAUCAGCAAGAGAGUGAGGCAACAACGCCCGUUGCAACGACAAAGCAGGAAAAGUAUCAUCUGGGAUUUGGUUCACUUAAAAAGUUCACCAAGUCUAAUUUGCCAUUUAGCAAGAGUGCUGAGAAGAAGGCCUCAAUGGAUAUUCCAACACCAACGGCGCAAUUUCGAAGCUACCGGAAGGUGGUGAAUCAGGAUGUAAGGCCACCGGCGACUCCUGUGUUAAUUCCAUCGGUUUCAGUUGAUACAAUUCCCGCUGAAACAUUUGCAACACCCCCACAGGCUAAGGCACCACCACCACCCGCUGAGAAAUCCGGUGGAUUGUGCCCGAAUGCCGAGGAAUCCGUGACGACGAUGAUGACGAAGAAAUCCCGAAGACCGGCACCUCUGAACUACAUUCACGCAUCAAAUCCCAAUCUUGUGGAUUUUGACUUUCACACAUCCAAGACAAUUGAUUUUGCCGUCCCAAAGAUAAAUAAUACGUGGGAGGGGCAGCAUAGUUUGCAGGGGUUCAUGACAUUGAAGGAUUUGAUGUUGCAGAAGCAAGCAGAGGAUGCCAAGGAGGUCUACAAUAAUCGCGUAUUCUUGGGCAUGGAGAAGAAGGAUGAACGUGGUGUGAGGAAGAAGAUUCGCAAGAAUAGUCGAGAUGUCGAUGUGGGCAUGGGAAAGGUUCACCCUGAGAAUCCUAAAAUUGAUAAAAUUCAGAGUCGUAGCCUCCCAAAGACUCCGGACUAUGCUCAGAGUUUCAAACCCGAUGAUGUGGAUAUAAUAAUGACGAGAAGCAAGGAAGGACUCAAAUUGCGAGAUUUUGGCUAUGAAUUCAUCUCUGGGGAUGAUCCACAGGAUGCUGCGGCGAAACAGAAGGCGGAAGCAGAGAAAACCUGGCCAAAGAGGUCAGAUAAAGUUUCCCCGACUGUUACAAGUUGGUCAAAGAAGAAGGGAAAUUGGAUAACAACGGAGAAGAAGGUUGAGGAGGAGAAGAAUAGCCGUGGGAGUUUCAAGAAGUUCAAACCCGGGAAAUUCGACAAUAUUCUCACAACAAGUGACAAAAUGUUCUCCUUCAAGCACAUUGAGAAGGAUGCACCGAAGACACCACUAAAGCCCCUGGAGAAGUAUGCAAUUCUCAAGCCUGUCUCUUCCUAUGCUCCCGUAACAAUUCCCCAUGGGAAGAAAACUAAUUUGCAAAUUAGCACAGCUUCCCCAGCGGAUUCACGAAAGAGCGCACAUGUGCUGAAGAAUGAUCUGAAGGAGAAUUUAAGUCACUCCCUGAGUGAUGCUGGGGCGAGGAAGGCAAGCGUGGAAAGGAGUGCAUCGUACUUCACGAAACUCUCCUUCUCAAAUACAAAAGUUCCAAAGGAGAAGAAACUCUUGGGUUCCCCGAGGCUCCAUCGGGCUCUGUUUGGUCGUCAAAAUUCCACAGAUACCAACAUUUUUGAGACAAUCAACCUCCCAUCAUCGGCCACAUCGGAGGGUAGCAAUAGAAAUUCCCCCGUAGAACCACCUGUUCUCUUCCCGCGGAAUCCCAUCGUGAUGGCACCGCCAAGCUCCUCGGGGCAGCAGAGUGCAGCCACAUCACCGGACUACCCGCAUCUGGAGUAUCCACCGGUUUUUGAACCCGAAACAUACUCACUAAGCGAUCCCAGCACGAGUCUCACGUUGCUGAGGCGCCGCAAUAAGAAGAAUAAGUAAAUGGAUCAUGUGCUUCUUCCUCAAUGUCUUAUGAGACACGGUAAUUGUUGUCUUCUUUGUGUCUUGUAGAAUGCCUUUUAGUGCAUUACAUACUGUAGGUAGUAACUAUAUUACUCAAUAUUCUAAUAAAUUGAGGAUGUUUAUUCUGAA